GGCUGGAGGAGAUCCCCCCGAAGUCCCUUCAAGACCCAGGGAACGUUUUGAAGCAAGGCUAUCUGGAGAAGAGGUCUCGAGAGCACAGCUUUUUCGGGUCGGAGUGGCAGAAGCGGUGGUGUGUGCUCGACAGAAAGACCUUUUACUACUAUGCCAAUGAGAGAAGCAAGCAACCGAAAGGCAACUUCUCCAUCGAGCACUAUAACGCCCGGCUGGCUCUUCACCUGCGCAAAGACUCUCGAAAAAAAUGCUGUUUCGAGUUAAUCUGCCCUGGCAAACGCACCUAUGAGUUCACAGCUCCAAGCCCAGCCGAGGCUGAAGACUGGGUGGAUCAGAUCCAGUUCCUCUUGAAGGACCUGAGCUCCCUCACUAUCCCAUGUGAUGAAGAGGAUGAAGAAGAGCUCUACAAUGACGUGGACAGCUCGGACUCGGUGAACACAUCAUCCCACAAUACUACCUUGAAUCAGGAGGAGUCGAACGUCGAGAUGGAAGAGGAUGACAUCUACGAGGUUUUGCCAGAUGAGGAGGAGCUGGAACCCCCCUUCCCAGAGGACAGCGAUGAUGCCGGGACCAGACGGAGCAGCGAUUACGCUAAUUACUACCAAGGCGCGUGGGACUGCAGCGGCGAGCAUCCCGACGAGCUCUCCUUCCACCGUGGCGACCUCAUCUACAUCCUGAGCAAGGGCUUUAACCUGGCUCCCAACCAGUCCCCACUGGACUUUGGUGGCCCUGACCAGCAGCAAUGA